GUUGUAGUUCUUUAGUUGUAGUUCCUGAGUUGCUGAGCUAACGUCCAGCUUGUAGUUCCCUCUGCCUCGGGCAGGCUAAACCAGCUAACUGGCUCCAAAAACAGCUGGAUAAAUAAAUAAUAAUUAUUUUUUAUUGUUGUUUAGUCGCCGUGUGGAGAGGAGUCCAUCUUCUGGUGAGAUCAUGUCGGACUUCUCGCUGGCCGAUGCUUUAGGAGACGACUCCCCGAGCCAGGCAAAGAAAAUAGGCAACACCAACCCGGCCGCCCCGCCGGCCGGCAACCCUGCACCUCCUCCCACAAACCCAGGAUGGCCCAGCUCAGCCCCAGGAGCUCCCACCCAGCCCUCGGCCCCGGGCGACUUCCACCACGGCGGAUCGUCCGGCCCGGGAGCGCCGGGGCAGUUCCCGUUCCCCUCUGGUCCUGGAGCGCCGGGGCAAUACCCAGGACCUCCCUCAGCACCCGGUGGUGGGUUCCCCCCAGGUCCUGGAAUACCAGGACAGUAUCCCGCUCCAGGAGCUCCAGGGCAGUUCCCCUCCAGUCCCGGAGCGCCAGGGCAGUUCCCCGGGCAGUUCCCCGGGCAGUACCCACCUGAAGGAGCUCCAGGACAGCUACCCGGAGGCCCUGUCUCUUACCCAACCGGACCAUUUGCUUCCGGCCCCGGAGCACCACCCGGGCCUUAUCCAAAUGUGCCUUUCCCAGGAAGUCAUCCAGGAGGAGGAGGAGGAGGCAACGGGAUGUACGGACCAGGUGGUCCAGGUGCGUUCCCACCUCCUGCUGGCCCUGGUUCUUUCCCCGCAUUCCCUGCUGGAGGCUUCCCCCCGAUACCUCCCGGGUCAUGGGGACCACCUGGAGGCGGAGGCUUCCCUCCUGCUCCUGGCCCCUUCGGUCCUGGUCCUAUGGGUCCAUAUGGUGGGCCUGCCGCUCCAGGAGGCAUGUUGAUGGUGCCGCAUGAUCUCCCUCUUCAUGCCGGAAUGAUGCCACGACUUUUAAUCACAAUAGUCGGGGAGCCCGUUCCCGGUGGAGACAGGUUCCACGUUGACUUCAUCAAAGGCCCGGACGUCGUCUUUCACUUCAAUCCUAGAUUUCCCGAGCAAACAAUCGUCAGAAACUCCAACCUGGGUGGAUGUUGGGGGCCGGAGGAGCGAGAAGGAGGCUUCCCGUUUGUUCAGGGGCAACGUUUUGAGCUGAAGAUCCUCGUGGAGGAGGACACGUUCAAAGUGGCCGUGGACGGCACCCACCUGCUGGAGUACGAGCACAGGGUCGGCGGCCUGGAGGAGGUGACCCUGGUGCGAGUGUCCGGAGACGUCGUCCUCCACAGCGCCGCCCCGAGCAUGAUCUGAACCCUCCGAGCUACUAAACCACACCGCUGUUACAGGAAGACCGAGGUCGAACUCCACCACCGUAUUCGAAAAAACCCCUUGACGGGAGUUUUCGAGGCAGCCGAGUGCGAUCUUUGCCCACCUGGAGCUUCUUCAUUUAUUACAGAACGGAGGGCAGAUCAGCUCAGAUCUGCACACUAUAAUCUUUUUUUUGUUUUUUACUGGCUGACGUCUCAGUUUAUAGCCACACAAUCCAGUAUAUUUUACGACAUAACAAUAUCAAAGUAGUGAAUGAGCCGAUCUAACACGGGCGUUUUAAGGAAAUACUAAUUUAUACCUGAAUAAAAAGAAUGUAGGCCAACGUCCCGAACAUAUAAUGUCCACCAGUAUGCUGUAUUCUGUUUACAGUACAUGUAUGUUUAUUAUUUUGUCCUCUGUAAUGCAUGAGAGUGUGUCACCGCCUUACUUCAGCGCUCCCCAACAAACACACAGUACACGACUCUGAGCUCCUCCAGUAUUAAUCCUCCCGAGCGCUCACACCGGAGGCAGAUAUGAUUUCAUGUUGAAGUCUAAUCAUAAAAAAACAAAACAAAAACAAAAAGCGAGGCUCGAGUCAAACAUUGGUGAGAGGAGAGAGGUUUAAUGUUGCCAAAGAAAACCGUGGUUUUGAGAUUAUAUGCUGAGAAAUGAAAAGGCAACGAAUGAAGACUGAUGAUGCUGUUUGAUUCAGAAUAUUGUUCACGUUCCAUGAGCUGUCUGCCUGUACACUCAAUAAAUGCUAGUUUCUCUGCUC